UAUGUUGUAUGUAUUCGCUUAGACGGUGGCUGCUGUAUCGUUCGCAGGAGAGUCAGAACGCCCCAAUAAAACAAUCCUUUUAUUUUAAAUAUAUCUCCUGCCAUUGAGGAAUUACAAUUCGAAGGAGCAAUUCGUUCCUUCCGCAGCUGAAGUCAGUCAUUUUCUGUGCAGAUUGAUCUGGAGAUCUCAUUACUACAUCAGCUGCUCCAUGUCCACAUCUGGAGCAGGUCCGUCAUCCAGCAAUAGAGUCCAACACCAACAGGGCUCUAAUAGCAGCAGUGGUCAGACUGAGGCUAACGGGAAUACAACACCCUCACCUCCUCCUCAGUCCUCCACCAACCCUGCAGCCACAGCUACUCCACCUGUAAAAGAAGCCAAAGAAGCUAAACCUAACCCCAAGAUGUCUAAAGCACUCAGCACGUCAGCCAAAAGAAUACAGAAAGAGUUGGCAGAAAUCACACUGGAUCCCCCUCCAAACUGCAGUGCUGGACCCAAAGGUGAUAAUUUGUAUGAAUGGGUUUCAACCAUUCUGGGUCCUCCUGGAUCAGUCUAUGAGGGUGGAGUCUUUUUCCUUGACAUUCACUUCUCUCCAGAGUAUCCAUUUAAACCACCCAAGGUAACAUUUCGGACGAGAAUCUAUCAUUGCAACAUCAACAGCCAAGGUGUUAUUUGCCUGGAUAUCCUCAAAGACAACUGGUCCCCAGCGUUGACCAUCUCCAAAGUGUUGCUGUCAAUUUGCUCGCUAUUGACGGACUGCAACCCCGCCGAUCCACUUGUCGGCAGCAUCGCCACACAGUACUUGCAGAAUCGAGAAGAACACGAUCGUGUUGCCCGGCUCUGGACCAAGCGUUACGCCACGUGAUUCUUUUUGUUUCUUUCCUAAUUUUUUCAUUUCUUUAAAAAAAAACUCCCCUUUGAAAAAAAUCUGUCAAAAUCCGCCACAACUCAUGGAAUUUUCUUUUCUUUUUUUACAUAAAAAACAACAUCCUCAUUUGAUUUGUUUUGGUUGUUUUCCUUAUCAUUUCUCCCCCCCCCCCCAUCUAAUUAUUUUCGGCACACCUAGAGGAUUUUUUCUUAAAGCUCUAGUCUGGUCCACAUAAAACUUUUUUCUUUUAAAGUAAAAAAAGAAAUUCCCUCCUAUCCAUUGAAAGACGCACAUCUCGCUGUUUGGAAUAAGGACUCUGUUUGGAAAAAUUACGCAAAAAAAACAAAAAAAAAAUUCUCAACGUCCCGUCGUAACUCCCGCCCGCUCCCCUUCCCCAACCCCACACCAUUCUCGUGUCAUAAUUCGAAAUUUCUUAUUAAUGGUUUUUUUGCCCUCUUGGAAUUGCAGAGGUAGAAGAAAAUACACGACUUUGUUUAAAA